AUGAAUGAGAACCUUACGGAGCGCUUCGGCCGCUCUAGAAGGGGGCCUCAUCAGGGCACAGAGCAGGUCGAAAUCUGGAUCGUGCCGCCUCAGCUGAAUAAGAACGUGAGCAAGUACUAUGAGGACGCUGAGUCACCAGCGGAUGGCGGCUCGUGGCUUCGUCUUCCUGCGAUUCCUACCUCAAGCGAACUUCUCGACCUUAACACCGGCGACGAUUCUGACAGCUUGAACAACGUGGAGAUCGCCACGAAUCGGCCAAGAGGAGCGUGGGACUCAAAGGAGGAUUACCUUGGCGCUCAUUAUGAGCUGCUCCGCGAAGAUGCCGUCCGGCCACUACGUGAAGCUGUUCAGCGGGUGAAGUUCUCUCCGCAGUCGAAGGAAGACGCCUUCAAUGGCAGCAUUGGAAUUUACGAAAAGGUCCACAUCUGCUCUGUCAAAUGCUCGCCAAGGGGCAUUGCGAUCAGAGUGACGUUCUCUCUCUUCAGAGCCGGCAAGAAGAUCUUAUGGGAGCAGUCCAAACGCCUCAUAUCCGGCAGCCUUGUAGUCUUAACACCCGCCGAUGACCAAUUCAAGACCAAGGCCAUCGUCGCAACAGUCGCAGCUCGGCCGUUGGACGGGCUACGCCUCAACCCUCCUGAGAUCGACCUGUUCAUCGCUCGCGCCGAGGAGUCCGAGAUCGACCCUGCAAAAGAAUUCUGGAUGAUCGAGCAGCGCGGGUCCAUGUACGAAGCUGACAAGCAUACGCUGUUGGCACUACAGCGGAUGAUGAAAGAGCCAUUCCCUCUGCAAGAACACCUGGUCAAUGUGAAGCGUCAGAUCUCCGCCCCAGACUAUGUCAGUCAAAGACCACAAAUGGACAUGACAGCAGUCCUCACCAACAACAGGCACGAAACGUACGAGAAUGUCGACGUUCUGCACAACUGGCCAACCCAACCCCACAGUGAACUGGAUGCAUCACAGCUGGCUGCACUUCGCCGCGUGCUCACCAAACGCCUUGCUGUCAUUCAGGGACCUCCCGGCACCGGCAAGACACACAUCUCCGUGCAAGCCAUCAGGAUCAUGCUGGAAAACCGUAACAAAGAUGACCCACCUAUCGUCAUUGCAUGUCAGACAAAUCACGCGGUCGACCAGCUUCUCAACCACAUCGCACAGUUCGAGCCCGACUUCAUUCGCCUUGGCGGAAGGUCGAAAGACAAGGGCAUUAUCAAAGCUCGCACGCUGUACGAAGUCCGCAAGCUCAUCAAUGAGAACCCGCUUGCCGGGUCACGUGGUCCGCAGGCACGCAAGAAGAUGAGGGAUCUGGUCAAGCAGUUCAAAGUGUUGCUCUCACCUCUCGAAGCCAGCAAGCAGCCACUCAAUGUUUCUCUUCUGGUCGCUUUUGGCAUCAUCACUGAGAAACAAGCCGACUCGCUUACAGACGGAGCAUCGCAAUGGGUGCAAAGUACGCAAGACACUCAUGGCAACACCCUGUCGCCAUUUCAGGUCUGGUUGGGCAGGAGUCUCAUCGUAGUGCCACCAAAGCAAGCGCAAGAGGACUUUGGUUUCGACUUCGAAGAAGCUGACCUUGAGUUUGAGCAACUGAAAGACCUCGAAGCGGAGAAUGCGAACAAGGAUGACGACUUCGAGGAUCUCAAGGGCGAAUCGUUCGCGAUAGCCGACAACUUCACCUGUCGCGAGACUCCUGGCGUGACAAAGGCGAAGUUGCAGCAAGCACUCGCCGAGAGAGACAUGUGGCAGAUUUCAGAGGCCAUACGACCUUCUGUCUACCGUCACUUCCAGGCGGAAAUGAAGAGAGUUAUUCUUGCCGGCUUCCGACAGAAGGCCGCGAAGUAUGACCAGCUGGCGGAGCAGCGACGCAUCGGCUCCUUUGAAGAAUAUGAAAGGAUCUUGAAGAAGCAGAAGAUCAUCGGCAUGACCACCACUGGCCUCAGCAAAUACCGCGGUCUGCUUGCGUCUCUCCAGCCCAAGAUCGUGCUCAUCGAAGAAGCCGCAGAAGUCCUUGAAGCGCCCGUCUUGGUUGCCUGCCUGCCUUCCUUGCAACAUCUAAUCCUGGUCGGAGAUCACAAGCAGCUGAGGCCUCACUGCAACGUGAAGCAACAUGAAGACAAGCCAUUCUACCUCAACGUCUCUCUUUUCGAACGACUUGUGAACAACCGCCUCGACUUCGACGUACUCUCGAAGCAGCGCAGGAUGAUUCCGGAGAUUCGUCGUCUGCUCCAACCUAUCUACAAGGAUGUCAUUAAGGACCACGCCUCUGUCCUUGAUCCCGCCAAGCGCCCGCCCGUACCCGGUAUGGGUGGCAUCAAUACCUGGUUCUUCACCCAUGAGUGGAACGAGCAACGUGAUGAGCUGAGCUCGGCCUACAACCCAAUGGAAGCUGAGAUGAUCGUUGGCUUCGUCAAGUACCUCAUGUAUAACGGUAUGGACAGCAAACAGAUCACUCUGCUGACAUUCUACAAUGGUCAGCGCAAGAAGUUGCUCAGCGAGCUGCGCAGUGACCCGUACCUCAGGCUCCACGCGUUCAACGUGGUGACCGUCGACUCAUACCAGGGAGAAGAAAACGACGUCGUCAUACUGUCUCUGGUGCGCAGGAAUUCUCAAAAUCAGAUUGGUUUCUUGAACAUCGACAAUCGUGUUUGUGUCGCCCUAUCUCGUGCGAAAUGUGGCUUCUACCUCUUUGGAGAUGCCAGGCUUCUCUUCGAGUCUUCGAAGACAUGGAACAAGGUCAUUAGCACCAUGGCAAACAAAGGCCAAAAGUCCGAUCGACUUCAGGUUGAACCAGCCAGCCGCCUCGAUGCACAUCUUCCAGUCUGCUGCACGAACCACGAUCAAAUCACCUUGCUCAAGGAUCCAGGAGACUGGACGAAUAUCGACGGUGGCUGUGAGCAGAAGUGCAGUGGGACGUUGCCGUGUGGUCACGACUGUCCGCUUGCUUGUCAUCCAUUCUCGCAUGAGCAGGUCAACUGCCCCGAGACCUGUGGGAAGCCUUUGACCUGCUGCGGCCGUCCGUGCAAAGCUCAGUGUCAAGACGCAUGCGUCUGCAAGAGCUGCCGGAGUCAGAAUCAAACGGUUGACGACUCUGCCGGCUCGCUUGUUGGCUGGGGUGGUGGCAGUGGCAGUGGCCGCGGCGGACCUGUACCGCGCUCCGAAGCCAAUGCCUGGACCAACUUCGCGAAGGAGGAAGAGCCCCGCUACCACGCGGAGGUUGCGUCAAUCAACGCCUCCAGACGCAACUGUGCCGAGAAGGAGAGCCGCCAGCAGUCCGCUCCUCUUUCUGAUCUGUCUAAUGCGAACACGAUGAAGCAGCUUUCAUUGGAGCUUGAGAAGGCCGCGCUUUCACCAGCACUGACAGGUCCGGCGCCGAUGCUAGUUACGGUUGAGGACAAGUCUGCCGAUCCAGAAGAAGGCAGGAAAGUCUUGAUGAUGGAGGAAGAGCAGGGGGGAGUGGCCGUAGCAGGACACUCGAAGGAUUGGUCGAAGGAGGGAAGCUUGCUCGACUGA